AUGGCGGCUCCCAUCAGUCUCGACAGCCUUGUAGCCAGAAUGCUACAGUCCCUUGCCUCGUCUGAGAAAUGGGAGCGUCAUCGUGACUUCUGUAAUGCCCUCAACGGCUGGGACAAGCUCGGCCCCAUCACUCGGUGGCGGAUCGAGCCAUCGGCCAAACACUACAUGCAACUUGCACCGGACUACCGUCCAAGCCGCCUCCAGAUGACCAGGCAUCAUUGGCCCAUUGUCGACUGGUUACCAUUUCCCAAGAUCCGGGAUGCGCUGGUCCUCAAUCCCGAGAGGUACGACUUGAAUAAAGUCUGCUCCGAACUGAAUGCGAGCUUCUGUUUAGAGAUGGAGUUUGCAAACGCGUACCCGGACGCAGAAUUAGGCGACAGUGGAAUGGCACAGACCAGAGCGCCCGGAACCACAAGGUCAGUAGGGCCUGGUGGACCGACGAGGAGUCCGCCCAACAACAUUUUCAACGACACACAUUUGAGACGAAAGCCUCGUAAAGACGACGUGGUGUACGUCCUUAUACAAGAGUACGUCGACCACAGGACAGGCGCCGACUCUUCAACAACAACGGCAGGAGGCCAGAGCCAGCAGCACCGCCAUAUCAAUGAAAACAUCUUGACAUACUUGCUCCUGGCCAUCAGACAGCUCGAAAAUCCUUUCAAGCUCCAUUCGAAAUUUUUCGACCAGUUUCCCGGCCUCCCACGAGAGUACAUGGUCCGCGGUGAAGAGGUUUCCAUCUUUGGUGACUACCGACCCACAAAAGUCUAA